UUCAUUUUAUGCGUAGUGCAUUAGAACCUGUAUUAUUGCGUACGCUAUGUAGGGCACCUUUAUAGGGAGAAUGGUAAGAUUAGGGACGCGGCCUGUGAUUUUUUUUGGUUUUCUCAUGUAUACUGCUGCUGGGUUCACACGCUGGAGACGGGAGGACAGUUUUUAUGCCACUGUGCCCUAAACAUUAUUGUAAACACCGAGUUUUAUACAAAGGUGUGGAGGAGUGUACCAUGUUGGAGAGAGAAGGGAGCGAGUGAGUGAUGGGCUGCGCCUCGGCCAAGCAGUUAUCGUCCGUACCUGGUGAUGAGGAGGAUCGGGAAAAAGCACACAGCAAUGGAGACGCCUUCUCCUCAGAUGAGUACAAAAUGAAAGGAGUGGAAAAGGUGAAGUACCUGCAUGGAGAGGAGGAGCGAAUGAACACCCGCAACCAGGAACAUCUGGAGAAGAGCACAUUUUUGCACAAAGGUAAACACAAAGACGCUGGUGGCGGAAAUGCCAACAAAAUAAGUAUCCACUCCUCAGAGAGCCAGCAGGAGUUCUUCAGGAUGCUGGACGAGAAAAUCGAAAAGGGUCGGGACUACUGCUCAGAGGAGGAGGACGUGACAUAGCCUGAUGCACUAGAUCCUGUCCCGCCGUUCCUCUGAUCCUUCCCUCCCUCGUCUAGUCGUUUCCCUCCGAGCACUGGCGUGUACAUAGAACUCCACCAUGACCAGGCCGUUACCCAUAAUCCCUCCAGUUUACACUGAGAGCAGCUCAACCGGUGGAUUCCACCCCUUCGGUGCUCCAGUAUUAGGAGACGGGAACGCCGGGACAGAUUUAGGCAUCGUCGUCAUUAUCGUCAUCAUCAGAAAGCCCUUGCCUUACACUAAGCCUUUUUUCCUUUUAAAGACUGGGAACUCUGGGAGAGUCGUGGACACAGAGACGUGACGGACGAGACCUGUCGAACUGUCCGCGUACAUUCACCGAUCGACCUCGUACUUUUUAUCUUUUUUGCACCCGGACUGACCGAGAUACGUCGGGAGAGAUUCGCUGGCUCACGAUGUCUUGCUGGAUUCGGAAAUUUGGAAAUAAGAAGGACCGGUUCCUGAGCGUUCCUCACAUUCCAGGCAUUGUUUUUUUUAUAUACAUGUUGAAAAGGUA